AUGUCCGCUGCCACCGCAAAGAAACCGCCCGCUGCGGGCGUCGGUCGCGUGUCUUCGACAGAUUCCGCGUCGUCGCCUUCUGUAUCUCCCGCGAGAACACCCACACGGUCCUCCACGCCCACCGCUGCUUCUGCUGCGCGUAGAGCGCCGGCUCGAUCAGGGACACCUGUGUCCGCCCGGGCAGCUGCUGCCAGAAGAGAUUCCGUCCUGAGCAACGGCAACGGCAACGGCAACGCCGAAGCCGAGGAGGCUGCGAGGGCCGAGACCGUUGCGCUGUUGGAUGACCUCAAGGAGCGACUCUCCAAGGCCGAGAUCUCUUCCGACCAAUAUAGGAAACAGGCUGAAGUGCUGCAGACGAGACUUGACGAUGCGAUUAAGGAAUCCUCCAAACUGGAGGAGAGGGUGCACGAGGCAGAAGAGCAGAUUGAGACACUGCAAAACGAGAAGAGGGACGCCGCCAAGAAGAUGCGCGAGAUGGAAGCGAUUUAUGAGGCCGAGCGGAGCUCAAUGACCAAGGAGAAGGAAGAGAUGUCCAACAGAGAGGAGGAGAUGCAGACCAUCAUCCAGAGACUGAAAGACACCCUGUCGCAACGGGCCAAUGACGAAGACGGUCGUCCGUCACGGCAAUCCGCAGCAUCGUCACCUAACGUCGACAACGGUAGCUUCGCUCCUCCUUCGUCUCUGAACCGCAGCGACUCCCGGAACAACUCCAAGAUCUUGCUGCAAAAAGACAAGCUGAUUGAGUCGUUGAGACUGGAACUCGCCGAGGCCCAGAUCAAGCUGGUGGAGUCCGAGAACCAGGGCGGCGGCAGGCUGCAGGAGGUAGAACGCCUUUUGAUGGAAGCCCGCAUGGCCAACGCCCGUCUGAUGGAAGACAACGAAAGCUACCAGCUGCUUCUCCAGGAGAAAACUCUCAACGGCGAUUUCUCCAAGAAUGAUUUCAGCUAUAUGGGGGUGUCCGCCAACCAGGAUGCGCUCAACGCUCUCGAGGGCCGGUCUGGCGGCGCGAGCCUGGCGGACGAGCUGUCCGAGGAUGCAUCCGACGCUGGCAACGACAACGAAGUGGUCCGCCGCCUCGAGUCAGAGCUCAAGUCCAUGAAAGAUCAGAACAAGGCGCUUACGCUCUACAUCAACAAGAUUAUUGAGAGACUUCUCCAACACCAGGAUUUUGAGCACAUUCUGGACACAUCCAGCGAGCCCAAGCCACUGACCGCCAACACCAACAAAGACCUCCCGCCCCCACCGCCAAAGGAGGGCGCUUCCGGAGCGUCGCUGUUGCAAAGGGCCAAGACCAUGGCCGUCGGCCCGAAUAAGCCCAGACCGAGGCCCAUGUCUUACAUGCCUUCGGCACAGCCAGCCAAUUCAGCACACACUGAUCCGGAGACAGCGCCUAGCAUUCCUAUCGGGAAUCUGACUCGAUCUUCCAGCACUCGCCGUGCGCGCCCGAUGAGUGAGCAGUUCACCGGCGUCAACCUGGUCAACCAGAUGUAUAGGGGACCAGACGGCCCCAUCUCCCCGCCCCUGGGCUCCCCUCGCACCCCGCGAACUUCGCAGACCUUUUUCGGCGGCAACCCCAACGCGGCGGCACGGGCACCCAGCGGCCAGCAAGCGCCAACGGCAGGAAACUUCCCUGGCAUGCGCAGUGAAACAUCGAGCACGAGCGGCGACUCGAAUGACCUGACCACGCCUCCAUCGCAGUCGCCUCCGCGGUCCCAUCACGAGAAGCAAACCACCUUUGCGGGCAACAAACCCCGCCCUCUGCGCCUGGUGCAGGAGAACAACGAAGCCAAACUGGAGAACAACAAGCGAACCAGUUGGAUAGGAUGGGCCUCCGGCUGGGGCAAGAAGGACGAGUCCCCCCCAGCGGCAUCCAAUGAAGCUAUUCCCGAGUAA